CUUCUUCUUCUUGAUUAACUAUGGGUUUUGGACGACCAUCAAAUACAGAAUCAACAUCAGGAGCACCACCUCUUUUAGGAAGUUUUCCAUUAGAUCAUGAAGGGGAAUGCAAGCAAUACAUGCAAGAAUAUAUUAAAUGUCUUCGAGCCAACAAGAACAACAAUGGUGCUUGUCGUCCACUGUCAAAAGCCUAUUUACAAUGUCGCAUGGAUAAAGGACUCAUGGAUAAAGAUGAUAUGAAGAAUUUAGGUUUUGCAGAUAUAGAAUCAUCCGAUCAACCCUCAUCAUCAUGAUUUAAGCAUUAGUUAUCAUCAUCAUCAUUUUUUACUUGAAAUAGAAAACUUGCAUAGUAGAUCAUCGUUUAUUAUCGUUUACCAAAUAAAAAAAAAAAUCGUAU